AUGCCCCUUACCUUUCGUCGACCAAAACGCGUUUCAACUUCAAACCCUCCUAUCGAGAUCCAAACAAGCGAGAUUGUCGUCGAACCAUGUCUCGCCGAAGGAACUACAAGCGAGAUUGCAGUCGAACCAUGUCUCGCCGAGGGUACUGCACUUUUAAAAGUUUCAUUAAAAAAGAAACAACAAAAAAUCUUCAGGAUCGACGUUGAGCAAGGUCGAAUACUAUGGGAUUCCAAAAAAUCAGGAAAAGGCAAAUAUUAUCUUACUAAUUUGAUGAAAAUCAACAUCGAAAGUAUUAAGGAACUUCGAAUUGGUGAAGCGAUAAGAAGUUAUAGGGAACAUUUCAAGCUUAGUGUGGAUAUUGAGCCUCGAUGGUUCACCAUCAUUUAUGUUGAUUUUGGAAAAUAUAAAACUCUUCACUUAGUCGCACCGACUUUAGAAUUAUUUAAUAUAUGGGUUGAUAAUUUAGAAAAACUAUAUUUGCACAGAAGGGAUAUGAUUGGAGGUUUAGGUCAUUUGAGAAGACGUCAAUCUUUAUGGCUGAAGCAACACUGGAAGCAGGCUGAUAAAGAUGGAGAUUCAAGAUUAGGCUUCGAUGAUGAAGCAGAUGGAAAUAUGGAUGGUUGGCUUGAUUUUACUGAUUUUCAGCGAUUUGUUAAAUUAAUUAAGAAAAGGGUUGAACUGGAUGGAUUAUUUAAUUCUCUGGCGAAAGAGCGCGGAAAUACUUUGACACUUCGUGAAUUCAAAGACUUCCUCGUCGAUGUUCAAAAGUGCGCCUUGAAGGAAGAAGAAUAUGAUAAUUUGUAUUAUAAAUUUUGUGAUAAAGACCUUAAAGAGAUGAAUUUAGAGGGAUUUAGUAGUUUCCUAAUGUCUAGCGACAACGCCGUUUUUGCUUCAGAACAUGCCAAAGUUUAUCAAGACAUGACACAACCACUAAGUGAAUCUUCAGUAGAAGGAUACAUACGUGCGUUACAGAGAGGAUGUCGUUGUGUUGAAAUUGAUUGCUGGGACGGACCUGAUGGUCCCAUAGUUACUCAUGGUCAUACAUUGACAUCUAAAAUCAAGUUCCAGGACGUUAUUUCAGCAAUCCGUACCUAUGCAUUCAAAGCCAGUGCAUAUCCAUUAAUCCUAUCACUUGAAGUUCACUGUAAUAUUAAUCAACAAAAUCAAAUGGCUUCUAUUUUAAGUAACACUCUUGGUGAAUAUCUCGUCACUAAGUUCAUAUCAGAAAACGAAACAGAAUUACCGAGUCCUGCAAGUUUGUUAUAUAAAAUAAUAUUAAAAGGGAAAAAUCUUCCUCCUAAUUUAUCAGAAGACUAUGUUGACUCGACCACUGAUACUGAAUCUACUACUGAUACUGAAUCAGAUGUUGAAUCAUCUAAAGAAAAAGAAAAAAAGGCUAAACCUAAAAAGACUAAAUUACGAAUUGCAAAAGCCCUUUCAGACUUGGUAGUCUAUUGCUCUGCUGUUAAGUUUAAAGGAUUUGAUCAUCAUCGCGUUUCUUUAAGGUUCCUAAAAUCUGACAAAGCUGCUUUUAUUCGGCACAAUACACGCCAUUUAUCGCGUAUAUAUCCAUCGGGUUUUCGGAUAAACUCGUCAAAUUUUGAACCACAUCAUCAAUGGAUGGUUGGGAACCAAAUGGUCGCCUUAAAUUGGCAGACUUUUGGAAUGCAAAUCGAUCAAGCCAUGUUUUCUGUUAAUGGCAGAUGUGGUUAUGUACUCAAGUCAGAGAGACUGCGCAAUCCCGAAAUUAUUUCUCCAGCUAUAAAUAUACAUCCACCAACUCAAACUUUGACAAUUGAAAUAAUUUCUGCACAACAACUCCCUAAACCAAAAGAUGCCCUCGCAGACGAGGUAAUUGAUCCAUUUGUUGAAGUAGAAUUGCUCAUCCCUGGUGCUGAUGCUACAAAAAAAAGGACUAGCACCAUUUCCGAUAAUGGUUUUAAUCCUACGUGGAAUGAAACUUUAAAAUUUACGUUGAAUUGUGAAGAAAUGAGUUUGGUAUUUUUGCGAUUCGUUGUUUGGAAUGAAGACGUGAGGAGCAAUGAUUUUAUUGCAUCUUAUUGUAUUCCCGUAACUAGUUUAAAAUUUGGGUAUCGUCAUGUCCCACUAAAUGAUUUUAAUGGCGAGCAAUAUCUUUUUACUACUUUAUUUAUUCGUUCUUCGCUCGAAUUUACUCCCACGUGUAAAAGAUAA